ACCGCGCAGUUUGCAACACGUGUCAGCGUCAAUAAAACAAUUAGAUACCCUCAACCAGCACGGCGUAACGUGCCAAAACACCUUCGCAAACAUUCCAUAGCGAGGGUUUCCCAGAGAAACCAAAAUUCAUGAUCCGAUAAGUUAGAUCGAUAUUAUCCGCCGUCUGUUUGCGCUUCAUGAUACAGUGGAAUUUGUUACUUAUUUUGAGGAAUUUGACGUAAAAUGUCUGCACCUAAGCCACUUCUGAAUGUCGAAAGUCUCGCACUGACCAACAAAAAGAUCGCCGAGCUGAAGAAAAAAGUCCAACUUGCCGAGGGUCAGAAAAAGGCUUACACCGAGGAGUAUGCAGACUCUAAAAAGAUUCAAUGCGAAAAAAUCGCCGAGCUUAAGAAGCAGGUUCGCGAGCUGACCAACAAGUUGUCCUACCUGCACAACCCAAACAGUGCCAAAACGCAGCGGAAUGUGCAGGAGAUCAAGCGGCGGGUGCAGUUGCCACCGGGCGCGAAAACCGUCCAGGAUGCGUUGACCGUGGUGGACUUGAAGAUUAUCGAUUUGAACAAACAGGCCGAUGCUACAGAGGCAAAGCACAAAAAGAGGGAGGCUUACUACAGGAAGCUGGUCGAGCAGUAUCACAUGCUGAUGGGGUACAAGAACUCCAAGAGCGACGGGUCUAAUCCACCGGAAACGGUUGAGGAGGAUGCGAACCGGAAGUUGAUAACACACCUGGAGAACGAGAUUCACCGGACGUCGGUACAGUGGAUGGAGGCGGAGCAUAUCCGGAAAAAGUAUCGUGGGAUAAAGCUGGCACUAAUGGGGGAUGCGGAAAAGUUUGAGAGUUCGCUGUUGGAGUUGGAGCAAGCGAUUACGGAGCAGCUGGCGGAGAUCACGAAGCUCGAGUCGGUCCACAAGGAGGCACUGCAGAUGAGGGACAGUACCAAAUCGGUUCUACAACGGCAGGAGCAGACGACGCACUACGCGUACAAGUCCCGGGAGAAGCAGUCGCAGGACUUUAGACGCCAGGUAGAGGAGAGAAAGCUGGAGUUGGAACGGCUGGAGCGGAAGAUUUUCUCCUCGGGAAAGACACUGAUCCAUCAGGAAAGUGCUCUGUCCGCUUCCGGCGAGGGUGAUGAUGCGGCCGGACACGGCAAAGAUUCGGCCACGGAGAUGGAGCAAAAGUUCAAGAAGCUGAUGCAAGCCACGGGGGUCAGUGCGGCCAGCGAAGUCGUGGAUCGCUUCCUAGCUCAACGGGAAGCUUCCGCUCGGUUGACGUACCUUCGCACGGUCACCGAGAACGAGAAGAAGCAGCUGGAGUCCCAGCGAGAGCUGAUGACGGCCCAACUGGAUUCGUUCAAGUUCGCUGACGUCAAGGACAGUGAUGUCAACCAAGAAGAGCUGGAAAAGUUACGCAAUUCGAUCGAAGAGCAGAGGGCACGCCGUGAAGAGUGUGAAAAAGCGAGCGGUUACACGUUGAACGUGUUCAACACGAUCAAAGACACGUUGGUCGAGCUGCUGAUAGCACUGAUCGAAAUGGAAGAAAACUUGGGGAUUCAGUUGAUGCGCCGCUCACCCACCAAACAGGCAGAAAUGGACGAUAUUUCCGCCGGCAACAUCUCAAUCGAUGAUCUGGGAAACAUGCUGGAGGAGAAAAUCAAACUCGGAAUGAUCGCGAGUGGUCAGCUGGCCAACGACGCCGACAGUGGACUGUCCGAGGACGAAGGGGAAGCACCUCGCCCUCCUCCCAGCGCUCUCCAAGUUCCCGCGCCCAGUCCAUCAGCCACCGUGUCCUCUGUGGCUCAAGAUGAUCGAGACAAGCCGGCCGCUUAUCCGCCGGUUUACAUCAGCUUGGUCACUGGCAGGGCAGCAGCCCAGCAAUCGGCCGCUUCGCCAGGCCCCGGAGCAACGGUCGUGCUAUCCGAUGACGAAGCGGAAGUUCCGUCGCGGGGAUAUUUGAAGCGGCAGGCGAAUAUGAUCAUUGAGGCCAAGUCCCGGCGCAAGGGCUUCCGAAUGCCACCGCCAAAGAGGCGUUGAACGUAAUAACUUUAACUUUUUGCUUUAGUUGAAUAAUAAUAAUGAUUGCAGAACA